CAUCUGAUUAUUCACAUGUCGACGGCCAACGCUCUGGCCGAAGCAGGACAUAAUGUGACUGUGGUGUCGAUGCUGCGACCCAAGCGGAUGCACAAGGACAUACAUCUGAUUUUGGUGCCAAUGACGAAGGAGCAGGAGCGCAGUAUGGAUAACACAAUGUCCAGUAUGGCCAAGAGCAAAAACGACAUCAUAAGCACUAUGUUUCUCCUUUUAAAUGACCUGGGUGUGAUGGUUAAUACCCAGGCUGAUCUGCUUUCCGACCCGAGGUUCCUUCGGAUUUACCAGACCAAGUUCGAUUUGAUGAUACUGGGCUCCUUCUUCAACGACUUCCAAUUGGGAGUGGCUGCCAAGCUAAAGGUUCCCGUGAUCGUCGACUUUAUGAUACCGUCCAACAUUAUGAUUGAUCAGUUCGUGGCUAAUCCCUUCGAGAUAUCUUAUGUGCCCAACGAAUCCACUUUUGCAACACCCCCAAUGACAUUCCUCAAAAGAGCUGAGAACAUGAUGAAGCACGUGAUCCUUAGGUACUUGACGCUGCGGUUUGAUUACAAAUUUAUUGAAAUUUAUAAUGAAAUAUUUACGGAAAAAGAUAUGCCAACGCUAAGUGAGAUGAAAAAGAAUAUAUCUUUAGUCUUUGUGGGUUCGCAUUUAAUCAGCGACGGUCCGAUUCGACCAUUGGUUCCUGCCCUUAUUGAAAUCGGAGGCAUUCAGGUGAAGGAGAAGCCAGAUCCCUUGCCUCAGGAUAUUGAACAGUUUUUGGACAACUCCACCCAGGGAGCAAUCUUCCUCUCAUUUGGCUCGAACAUCAAAAGCCACAUGGUGAAGCCAGAAAUCGUCCAAAUAAUGUUUAAUGUUUUGUCUGGCCUGAAAGAAAAUAUUAUCUGGAAAUGGGAGGAUUUGGGGAACACACCAGGCAAAGCCUUAAAUAUUCUCUUUAAGCGCUGGCUGCCACAAGACGAUAUCCUGGCCCAUCCGAACACCAAACUCUUUGUCUCACAUGGCGGAAAGAACAGCAUCACCGAGUCCCAGUACCAUGGAGUUCCAAUGGUGGCCUUGCCCAUUUUCGGAGAUCACCCCUUAAAUGCUGCUAUGAUGGUAAAAUUGGGAAACGGCGUGGCCCUCGAUUUGCAAACUAUUACAGAAGACAGUUUUGGGGCGGCCAUUAAAGAAGUCCUGGAAAAUGAUAAGUACAGGCGAGCAGUUGAAAAAUUCUCCGCCCUGUACAGGGAUCGACCUCUUACUCCAAGACAGUCAGUGGUCUUCUGGACAAACUACGUCCUGCGGCAUCAUGGCGCCCCACAUUUGCAGAGUCCUGCGGUGCAUAUGAGCUUUGUUGAGCUUCACAAUCUGGAUAUCUACGCUCUAGUUCUCACGAUCCUAAUCUUAUUUGUUCUUCUAACCCGACUAAUUGGGAAAUUAGUAUUGAGCAAGUUGCUGGGCAAAGCAAAAGUCUUCGGAGGCAAGAAGAAGCAAUAA